AUGAUGUGUGAAGAAGGGGCGUUUUGUCGGCUAUUGGAAUUAAUACAAUCGCUAAGGGGCAAUGACCAUUCUGGCAGUGGUGUCGAAGCUAGCCUGCACCGGUUGCUAAUGGAUCUCUUGUAUGAGAUGUCAAGGAUACAGAGGGUUAAGAUAGAAGACCUAGUGGUUAUUGGUUACCGGGUUGCUUUGCUGUCCGGUACCUGGGAGAAGCAUGUUGUGAUCAUAUACUUACAUCUUCCCCUCAUAGUGACCGUGGAUGAUGGAUUCAUAAAAUAUCUUCUACAAAUAAUCGAAGGGCCCCCAGAGGAUCCUAAUGACCCGUAUCAUUAUCCUGUGAUUCGUGUUUUGCUAGUUCUCAAUGAGCAGUUCAUGGUAUCAAGUCAUGACCCAACCAGGGACCUGACUACAACUAUGCCAUUAACGAACAAAGUAAUGAAAGUUCUAUCUAUGCAUGGCAGUCUUUAUAAAACUUUUGGAGAAAACAUCAUUCUUCUCCUUAACCGUGAAGACGAAACUUCUUUACAGCUUCUCACCCUCAAAAUUCUAUACCUGCUAUUUACGACGCCCUCCACUUAUGAAUAUUUUUAUACUAAUGAUCUUCGUGUUCUUGUCGAUAUUCUUAUUCGUAACCUUUAUGACCUCCCUGAAGAUGCAAUGCCCCUCCGCCAUACAUAUCUCAGAGUUUUAUACCCACUUCUUGCUCAUACUCAACUGAAGUAUCCUCCGCAUGAUAGACGGGAGGAGCUUAGAAAGCUCUUCACAACUCUAAUUAGGGGUCAGUGGUCUGAUACAGAUGCUGGUGACGAUAGCGAAAGAAUUCUUCAUUUCAACGAAGUGGACGAUACCACAAAAAGGCUUGUCUUGCGGUGUAGCCAGGUUGACUGGAUAUGCGAAGGAACUAAUUGGUUCACGAAAGAGCUGUCCGAACCAGCAUCGAUUGAGACUUCGAGGACGAACGGCCAUGCCAAUACAGAUUCAUUAGGAAGCGUGGAAGUUCCUAGCAUUGGUUCACCAAUUUCACCUCAGACAAGUCUGGAUGAGAAUCUUCACGGACAUGAUGCCUCGUCAUCACCGAACCAACACCCGGCUGCUGUGUCAACGGCCCUUGGACUUGACUCAGCACGCUCUUCUUCUCAUAGCAUUGCAAAGGUAGCUUCUCACAAAGAGAAACCGGGCGUCGUUAUACCGAGUAAAGGAGUGACCGUGGUGAAACAAAAGCCAGAACCUCCAGUGGCACGCCGUUCCAGAGCGCGUCGAAGAGCCGAAUCAAAGGAGGCAGGUGAGAGGGCAAGUUCAAGCCAUGGAUAUCGAGGAUCCUCGGAAUCAAGGAUUUCGAAAUUCCAUCUGGCAGAACCAGAGGAUACAGUAGAAAACCCUACCUCCGCCUCCUCUCCUGUUCGUAAAAUUGAAGACAAUACUGCAUGCUCGAGCCCGAAGGAACCUGUGGUUCAAUCGCCUGAUUCGAUCACGUCCACGUCACACUGCUUCCCUCCAUCUUCUGCCUCUCAUAAAAUUCAUAUUCACCACCCUAGCACGCCUCCGGCAGUUCCUCCUCCUCGCAGAUCUUCACAUUCGGUACCUCCAACUCAUCCUGCCAAAUCUCAUCACCAUCACCACGUCAGACAACAACACUCGGCUACCCGUCCUCCGCCUCCGCCUCCACAUAAUCCACAUAAUUGUCCGUCUAACAAGCCAGCUCAGAAGCCAGAACCCCCGAGAACCAGGCGGUGGCGUGCCCAUCAACAGCAUCAGAAACAUCAAGAUACCAAUGGCCAUGUCAAUACUACGCCUGAUACCCAAAACUGCAGUGCAUCACCAACCGAAGCCAGCCACAACCCAACUUCAUCACAGCCUCAAACACCGCGCACAAAUGGCAGUACAGAUAUUCCUGCUACUCCAACCAUAACAGUGGAGAUGGUUGAGAACGAACUUCCAGAGCAAAUGGAGAACGCUCAUAUUACCUAG